AUGGCAAAGGCGUAUCAAUUACGGGGCGCGACCGAAGCGAUAGCCGAUAAGGAAUUCGGCAGUAACCGCCCGGCGCUCACCAUGUGCGCUUGCAAGCACAGGAAGUCCUUCCUAAUAGAGGACAUCCUCGCCGACCAAAAGAUGCCGCACAGGACACCAAUCGCACCCAAGGAGGUCUGCAGAGCGAGGCUGGCGGAGAAGACGAGGGAAGACAGGGAGACCUACGCCGGUGAAGGCGGGGAUCCCCUGGUACAGAGCGAAGGGCAAUCCCCCAUGGAGUUCACCUACUACAGCGAACCGCUGAUGGACAUGAACCACAUACUGCGCAGCCAAUUGGCCGCCACCAGGCACGUCCCCCAUCCAUACGGCGUCCGGCAAACUUACGACUUCGACAGAGUUCCCCCCAACUGCUGCAGUCCCUGGUGGGGUGUGGGCGGGCGCAGAAAGGGGGGCCAAGUACGGUUCAGUGCGGCACAAACAGGAGCGCUGGAACGCAGGUUUGGUGCCAGCAAAUACCUCAGCCCUGACGAGCGAAGAGCGUUAGCAGCCUCCCUCAGACUAAGCGACAGACAGGUAAAGACAUGGUUCCAAAAUCGGCGCGCAAAAUGGCGUCGCUCGGCGCCCGACGCCGCUGACGGCGGGAGCCCUCCCUCCGCCGAGGAGCCCUCAGACGACGAGAUUACGAUCGCCGACGAGGAU